AUGACGAGCACAUCAGAAGCUUUAGCAGCACUCCAGAAAUUGGAGCAAAAUGGCGACCUGAAGAAGCGACUCACGAUUGUUCGCAUCAGUGAACCGAUUUCAACCGAUGUGGGAAGCUCCUAUGCAUCGACCUCAAGAAGAGGCUCAGAUGUCUCCAUGUCGAAUCUGGAGAAUCCCACUCCAGCCUCGUUGGAGGCAGAUCUGUCGCAUUACAAGGUAAGUGGUGGCCAAGCCCUCGCGUCGCGAAGCAUAUACUCAUUCUGUGUCCAGGAACUGUUCUCCAAGCUGCGAUUCUCCUACGUGGAACAAGUUACGAAAGAGAAAUUUCUACGCUCGAUUGUUGGUGAUCCGCCCGUGAUCGUGGGUAACAACGAGAACAUGGAGCUAGAGGCGCAAAUGGCAGAGGUGAAGGCUCAACUCAAAGCGCAAAAGGAGGAUGUCCGAGUGAUGGUUGAAGAAAUGGAGCAGAUGGGUCGUGAUUUGGCAAGCCGGUAUAAGGAAGUCGAACUCCAAACAACACAGCUAUCCACGCUGCCCGCAUCGAUAGAAACCCUUGAGUCGACCAUUGCUGGUCUCCGUGCUAAACAGGUCGCCAACAUGGGCUCUUCUGACUCCAACUAUGGCGCGUCACAGAAUCUCCCUCUACCGGCGACUCAGAAACUGUUGGCGGAACGUGAGGCGGAGCUGGCAGCGCUGGAUCGCCAAUUAGCUGCUGUGAAGAACACUCUGCCUCGGAAGACUCGAGAGGCUGAGGCAAUUGAAAGAGAGACGGGGGUUCUCAGGCGACGCAAGUCAGAGGCUGUUGCGCAAGCGCAAGAAGCACAAAGAAAGAAACAACAGGGUGAGAGUGAUGGGUUGGAAGAGAUGGGACGGUGGUAUCGGGGAGCAGAGGAGACCCUCAAAGAGUUGGUCGGGACCAAGACAUGA